AUGAUGGAAAAUGAAGACAUCACCUCAUCAUACAUCACCACUUGCGUUUUGAACGCUUUCUUAUCUUACACCGCUGUUAUGCUAAACUGUUUAACGAUCUACGCCUUAACAGAACUCUCAUCAUUACCAAGACCUUUAAAAACGCUGCUUCUAAGCCUGGCUGUUUCUGAUCUGGGUGUUGGUUUGAUGGUACAGCCUUCGUACAUUGCGUCUCUUGUCAUGGAAAUGGAACACAAAACUGAAAACAAUCCAGCCUAUAACAUAACCUACAAACUCUAUGUUUUCACGGUGAAUUUGUUUGGUUUUGCGUCUUUCUUCGGAGUAACAUUUUAA